UUUGCAUCAGAUUAGCACAAUGGCGUCUUCCACGUAAGUUGUACCAAAAAUGUGUUUGCGCGUUAGCGGUACGUUCAACUGUUGCGUUCACGGUACAUGCUUUAUAUCCUUUAUUUAUUUAUUAUUCUGUCCGAACGAAACGCGUGUUUUGCCCUAUAUAAACGACGUGAAGAACGUCUGUCCUGCUAUCUUGGGAAACAAAUCCGGUCGAUCGUCGGAGAACCAAAUCUGUACAAACGGGGAAAUCUGAUCAAAACCUAGAUACAUACAGCCUAGGUUCCCGACUUGACCCUGAUCUCGGCCCAGAGUAAGCGCACGCGUCUCCUGCUCUCCAUCCAUAAGCUACCCCGACCUCCCGUCUCUGCGAUCCACACGCGCGCGCGCACCGAUCGAUCCAACUCAUCGCUGCAACCACCAGCCAUGGAGCUCAAGGGUACACCACUGCCGCCCAAGGACGAGUUCGCCGCGGAGACGUCGUCGUCGUCGUCGUUUACCGUGGAGGUGACCGUGCUUUCCGCGGAGGAGGUCGUCAUCGGGGACCGCUGGCGCCGCCCGCUGGACCGCGGGGCGUACGCCGAGGUGCGCGCGGGCAAGUCGAAGGCGUCCACCGGCGUCAACAGCGAGAAGGGCGACUGCAACGGGUACCCCUACUGGGGCGAGGCGGUCCGCGUGACGGUGCCGGGGCACGAGAAGGCGAUCGACGUGGUGAUCUGCCGCCGGCGGGAGUCCGUGGCGGAGGCGAGCGUGGCGGUCGCCGACUUCAGCGUCGGUCCGCCAGGCCACCUGCAUUGCCUCAGCUACCGGCUGUUCGACGCUAAGUCCUUAACGAGGAACCGCAACGGCAUCGUCAACAUAACCGUCAAGAGGCUCGACGGCGCGGCGGUGCCACGUGGUGAAGGGAAAGGCGGGAAGGCCGUGGAGGACGCCGCGAGUGGCACUGGUGAUUCCUGCUGUGGUGGUGUCGCCGACAAGGGGAAGGUGCCACUGGCGGCGGCGCCGGCACCGGCCGGUGCGGUGAUGGGCUAUCCCGUCGAGUUCUCCGUUGCUGGGCAGGCUAAUGGAAAGGGCAGAACUAGUUGAUUGGGCUUUGACGUUACAUUCUCUUUGAUCAUGCCAUGUACAAAUGCUCCCCUAAAAAAAUGUACAAAUCAUGCUGAAAUUAUGCUACUAGUGGAUGUUAAUUAGGUUAUUAAAUUCGAGCAGUAUGUAUUGGUCAAAAAAUGAUUUUAUAUAUAGUUCGAAAAAAUCGAUUUUCGGCCUACACUGUUUGGCUAGGUUUAUUUCUACCUAU